CUCACGGCUCCGGUGCGCGGGGACACCUUACCGGGCACAGCCGGAGCUUGUCAGCCUGGAGGGACAUUGAGUCACAUUGAUACAUACGGCGGCAUCCAAGGUUCUUCAUCCUGAAAUAUAAGACUGGCUGACAGUGCGCAUAAUCAAACGUAAAGGUAGAAAAGUAGGACAGCGGCGACUAGCGAUAUCACUUACCAUCCUAGCCAAAUUGACAUAGUAAGCCACCAACCGAAAAAAAAAAGCAAGUCGAACAAUAUGGCAUCACAGCAACCUGUCGUCCGGGUGGGCGUCGCGGCGAUCAUCAGUGAUGCGGAGGGGAAGAUGUUGGUGGGAGUGAGAAAAGGGUCCCAUGGAUCGGGAACGUUGCAAUUUCCCGGUGGCCAUCUCGAAGUCGGCGAGGACUACUUGGAAUGCGCCGAGAGAGAGACACUUGAAGAGACGGGCCUGAAGGUUAAAGCCGAGAAAGCUUUGGCCUUCACCAACGAUAUCUUUGAUGCGGAGAAGAAGCACUACAUCACUAUCUUUGUUGCCUGCCGGAGGGAUGAUGAGCAGAAGCAGCCUGUGGUAAUGGAGCCGGAGAAGUGCGAGAGCUGGACGUGGAGAAGUGAGGCUGAGCUCAGAGAGUUCAUGGCCACUGAGGAGGGGAAGCAGCGGCUCUUUUUGCCCAUUGUCAACUUGUUCAGCGAUCGCUUGUUCAAGGAGCAUGGCAGUCUGACGGCUUCGCUUUGAGAGGGUCCAUGGCUGGGAAGUUCACAUAUCCGCCCGCAACGCAUUUGUCUUUCAAUACAGCAAUAUGCAGUUCGCCAUGAUGAGAAACAGCUAGCUCGUGUUGUGUUUACAUCCGAGUGGUAGUCAUGGCCAGAAAAAAGGGGGAGGGCCCGUGCGCAUAGUGUUCUUGACAUCAAGCGUUGGCGCAGAUCCAGUGUUUGAGAGAAAUACACUAUAUCUGUAAUUCUGGGGUUCCUUCUUUCAUUACAGCUGAAUCUGGCAAUCAUUUUCCUCCGGAUGUAAGUUGAGGAUGUCGCGGCUCAGGUGAAUAUGGCUGAAAUGCUCUUGUUUCUAGUGGUUCAGUUUCUGUUCACUUUUCACCCAAGCCAUCGUUCCAAUUGCAGCCUACCAGGACAGUUUUAGACGGGCCAGACGUGACCGCAUCUCAAAAACAAGCAUUGCC